GCAGAAGGGACACACCCUGGAGCUGAUGUGAAGCUGCUGCCUGAGAGGAGGCGGGGCCUGUGAGGAGGCGGAGCCUGGAGUCUCUGCGCUGCCGCUGCUCUGCCCCCUCCCUGCUGCUCCCUCACUGCUGCCUGGGUGUGCCCGCUGCUGCUACUCUGUGCCCGGGUAUAGUGUGCCAGUCUGUAUAGGAGCCUGUGGCCUCCUCCUGCGCCGAGAUGAGCGGGGUGGCUGAUAGGCUGGCCAAGGAGCGGGCACUGGCAAGUGGCCUUGGCACCAAUGAGAAGGCGCUGCCCUACCUGAGCCAGGACUAUGAGGCGCUGCGCAAUGAGUGUCUCCAGUCUGGGACCCUGUUUAAGGACCUCAGCUUCCCGGCCAUCCACUCCUCCCUGGGGUUCAAAGAGCUGGGGCAGCAUUCGGCCAAAUGCCAAGGGGUGGUAUGGAAGAGACCCAAGGACCUGUGCCCAGACCCUCAGUUCAUCGCAGGAGGAGCGACUCGCACUGAUAUCUGCCAAGGAGCCCUGGGUGACUGCUGGUUACUUGCGGCCAUUGCCUCCCUCACCCUGAAUGAGCAGAUUCUGUCCCGGGUUGUUCCAAAGGAUCAGAGCUUCCAAGAGAACUAUGCCGGAAUAUUCCACUUCCAGUUCUGGCAGUACGGUGAGUGGGUGGAUGUUGUCAUUGAUGAUCGUCUGCCAACCAAGGAUGGGAAGCUGCUUUUUGUGCAUUCAGCGGAGGGGAGUGAGUUCUGGAGCGCACUCAUGGAGAAGGCUUAUGCCAAACUGAACGGAUCCUAUGAAGCUCUCUCGGGUGGGACCACCACCGAAGGGUUUGAAGAUUUCACAGGUGGACUUGCAGAGUGGUAUGAACUGAGGAAGGCCCCACCCAAUCUGUUCAAGAUUAUCCAGAAAGCUCUGAGGACUGGAUCUCUGCUGGGCUGCUCUAUAGAUAUCACAAGUGCAGCGGAGACAGAAGCCAUCACAUUCCAGAAGCUCGUGAAGGGCCAUGCCUACUCUGUGACUGCAGCAGAAGAGGUGCAAUAUCGAGGGAACCUGGAAAAGCUGAUCAGAAUCAGAAAUCCCUGGGGGGAAGUGGAAUGGACCGGGGCCUGGAGUGACAAUUCCAGCGAGUGGAAUUCUGUGGAUCCGGAUGUGCGGGAAAAGUUGAUCAAGAGAUGUGACGAUGGAGAGUUUUGGAUGUCCUUCAAUGACUUCUUGAGAAACUAUUCAAGACUGGAGAUCUGCAAUCUGACCCCGGACACUCUGGCCUCUGACAAAUACAGUAAGUGGAGUCUGACCAAGAUGGACGGCACGUGGAGGAGAGGCUCGACAGCCGGCGGAUGCAGGAAUUUCCCAGAAACCUUCUGGAUGAACCCCCAGUAUGUGAUUAAGCUGGAAGAAGCAGAUGAUGAUCCUGAUGAUAAUGAGGAAGGCUGCACCUUUAUUGUCGGUCUGAUACAGAAGAACCGCAGGAAGCAGAGGAAGAUGGGAGAGGACAUGCACACCAUUGGCUUUGCCAUCUAUGAGGUGCCGCCACAGCUCACUGGCCAGAAGGACAUUCGCCUGAGCCGAGAUUACAUUCUAAGGAACAAGAUUCGGGAAAAAUCCGACACCUAUAUAAACCUGCGCGAGGUGCUGAACAGAUUCCGGCUGCCCCCAGGGGAGUACGUCAUUCUGCCUUCCACAUUCGAACCCCACAAAGUCGGAGACUUCUGCCUGCGGGUCUUCUCUGAAAAGAACGCCGAGUCCAAGUGCCAAGACAGAGUUCCUGAUGAUGAAAUCAAGGCUGACAUUGAUGAGGACGUCAAUGAAGAUGCCAUCGACCCCAACUUCAAAAGGAUGUUCCUGGCGCUGGCAGGAGAUGACAAAGAGAUCUCUCCGCAUGAACUCUUUAACAUCCUACAGAAGGUGAUAUCCAAGCGAGAAGACAUAAAGUCCGAUGGGUUCAGCAUAGAGACCUGUAGGACAAUUGUUGACCUGCUGGAUUCUGAUGGUACAGGGAAACUUGGCCUUAAGGAGUUCAAAAUCCUAUGGACAAAAAUACUGAAGUACCAGAAAAUAUACAGCAGCGUGGAUAGGGACCACUCCGGCACUAUUAAUUCCUAUGAGAUGCGGGGAGCCCUGGAAGCUGCAGGGAUUAAGGUGAACUCCACCAUUAAUGAGCUGCUGGUGGCUCGCUUCGCGGAUGAAGACCAUACCAUUGACUUUGAUAACUUUGUGAGAUGCCUUCUGCGCCUGGAGAUCAUGUUCAAGAUCUUCAACCAGAUGGACACUGAGAAGACCGGAGUGGUGACUCUGAAGAUGGACACUUGGCUUUCCCUGACUGUGAUCUGAGGCACCGCCGUUGCCCCGAGGAGGCCGAGAACCAUCGUCCAUCAAGGAAACACCCCGACCAAGGAUGAUGAACCCGUCUAAAACGCGUUGUUAUUGGGAAUCUGGGUGCCUUAUUUAAAAAAAAAAAAAAAAAGAAAAACCAAAAUACCGCUUUACCAUGUGGGGACCAGAGAAAUCCUAUUAAGCUCCCAUAAACACAUUAUUUUACUAUAAUAUGAAGAAGCCAUAAUACGCGGUAAUAUAGAUCCUAAUAAAAGGUGCUUUGCCAUGUUA